CCUCUGCCUUCCUCCUUCAUUCUUUCCUUGCCUUUCCUUUCCACACUUUCCUCUCUGCAAAUGCUCCGUUUCUAGGGCUUGCUUGUUUACAGUUUUUAUGCAAGUUUGUGUUCCUUCAUCUUCACCUUCUAUGUUCCGCUACUGCUAUUGCAAGCUCUUCAAGCCCUCUUGUCGCUGUUUCUUCUGUUGCUACCGUUGUUCCCAACCUUAAUCCCUAAGAAAAAUUCACCUUCUUAUAUAUUUAUUCUGCUAUGGAGUCUGACCUAUCUCUAGGGUUUGCAUCAAGCACGACGACCUCCCACCGUGCUCAAAUCGCCGACGAUUCCAUCUCUCUCCAGCUCGAUUCCAGCUUCCGCGACCCUUCUCUCCCUGUCUCAUCGGUUCCUCUUCAAUUGCUGGAGCCACUAGUGGACAAUCAUCAUCAACAACGUAGUCAUGAAAACGGCAAUAUAGAUGGGCAAAACGACGAUGAUGAGAAAACUGAAGAAGAAGAAGAAGAAGAUGAGAAGGAAGUUCGCAUCUUAGGGUACUCCAUGUGCUUUAAGCGGCGAAGAGAGAGCGAAUCAUCAUCGAUUUCGUCGAAAAGAACGGCAACAUCGGGUGAAUUGGACCUUGAAGAGCGGAGAAAGUCGGUUAAGUCAUGGGGUAACCAGCCGCUUUGUAUGUCGGAUCCUGAGAUAUUUGAUAUGAUGGAGAAGGAAAGAGAGAGGCAAUAUAAGGGUCUUGAAUUGAUAGCUUCGGAGAAUUUUGUUUGUCGAGCAGUAAUGGAGGCUCUGGGAAGUCAUUUAACGAACAAGUACUCGGAAGGAAUGCCUGGGUCGCGAUACUACUGUGGGAAUCAGUACAUAGAUGAAAUAGAAACGCUGUGUUGGAAGCGAGCCUUGAAUGCUUUUGGUUUGGAUUCAGAGAAAUGGGGAGUCAAUGUGCAGCCUUAUUCGUGUACCUCUGCAAAUUUCGCAGUUUAUACGGGUUUGUUGCUGCCCGGAGAUAGGAUAAUGGGGUUGGAUAAUCCUUCCGGAGGUAAUUCCAGCCACGGUUAUUAUAUGCCCAGUGGGAGGAAAGUGUCAAGUGCCUCCAUUUUCUUUGAGAGUUUGCCGUACAAGGUGAAUCCGCAAACUGGGUAUAUCGAUUUUGAUAAGCUGGAGGAGAGGUCACUUGAUUUUAGGCCAAAAAUACUUAUUUGUGGCGGGAGCUCGUAUCCAAGGGAGUGGGAUUAUGCUAGGUUUAGGCAGAUUGCCGAUAGGUGUGGUGCUGUACUUUUGUGUGAUAUGGCUCAGAUUAGUGGUCUUGUUGCUGCUAAGGAAUGUGUAAAUCCGUUUGAUUACUGUGACAUUGUUACCUCAACAACACAUAAAAGUCUUCGAGGUCCUAGGGGAGGUAUAAUUUUUUUUAGGAAGGGUGUGAAGCCAAGGAAAAGAGGAAUGCUUGUGGGUCAAGGAGAUGAUAGUGAUCAGUAUGACUUUGAGGAAAAGAUAAACUUUGCUGUCUUUCCAUCAGUACAAGGCGGACCACAUAAUAACCAUAUUGCUGCUCUUGCCAUAGCCUUAAAACAAGUAGCUACUCCUGAGUUCAAGGUGUACAUGCAACAGGUGAAGAAGAAUGCACAGGCUUUAGCCUGUGCUUUGUUGAGAAGAAAAUGCAGGCUAGUAACUGGAGGCACAGACAACCACUUUUUACUUUGGGAUUUAAGGCCUCUGGGAUUAACAGGGAAAACUUAUGAGAAGGUCUGUGAGUUGUGCCACAUCACUGUAAAUAAAAUUGCUAUUUUUGGUGGCAAUGGCACCAUUACUCCUGGAGGAGUAAGGAUUGGUACUCCUGCUAUGACAUCAAGAGGUUGCCUGGAAUCUGAUUUUGAGACAAUUGCUGAUUUUCUCCUAAGAGCUGCGCAGAUUGCUAGUAUGAUGCAGCGUGAGCAUGGAAAGGCUUUCCUAAAGGGUUUGCAGAGCAAUAAGGAAAUUUUGGAGCUCCGGAAUCGUGUUGAAACUUUUGCAACUCAGUUUGCAAUGCCAGGUUUUGACUUGUAAAUAGGUUUUAAGAAUGCAAUUUUCAAAUUCAUACUUGCUGCAUGCCAGGCCUCUUCUGCUCUUUGCAACCAUGUCAAAUGUAAAUCAGUUAGUCGCUUUUAUGCACUGGAUUGGCCUCUAAAACAGCAGUUUUAAGUAGGUCUUUCGAUUGCCUGAUAUAGGAAUUUUGCUCAGUUCAUGGAUGAUGGAAGGAUCUUUCUGGUAUUGACCCUUUCUCAUCAUUCACUUGUGCAUUGUGGAUUUUUUAUCAAAUGGUGGUGGCACUCCUGUGAUAGAUGAGGGUUUUAUAUGGACAAAUUGGGAAAGGGAAAUCUAAACUUAGCAUCUUCUAUUCGAGAAGGUUGUAGCUAUCAAUACAUUAGCAACUUUCUUAAAGAUGGGUGACAAUUUGAAGAUUAAUUGAUUCUCAUUACGGCCUUAUAUUUGAGAGAGCCUAUAGAAUAUAUAUAAAAAUAUUCUUGAUGCAUUGGGAAAUAAAGCCCAGAUUUUUUUUUUAAACGAGCACAAUGUGAGGUCAAUAAUCCUUUUGAUCUAUCUUGGCAUUGUAAAUUUACACCAAUCCUGUUUUGAAUUCAAUUCUUGGUUUCUUGGAAA